AUGUCAGGCAUAGACAAGCGUAUCCCAAUUACUAUUGUGUCUGGAUUCACUGGCUACGGUAAAUCUGACGCUAUUGCACACAUCCUCAAAUCAAAGGCAGCAGAUUUGAGAACAGUGGUGCUUACGCAGAAUGUAGACAGGAUCAAGAACAUGGUAGAAUCUGCCGCGGAUUGCGUACAACUCAAAGGCAAUUGCGGCUGCUGCAGCUUCCGUUCAGAACUCACUAGCCAGAUCUACGAUAUCGCCAACACUGGCAAAUACGACUACAUGCUCAUUGAGUCCUCUGAUGCUGCUGAUCCUGAAGAAUUGGCUGAGACUGUCGCUGUCGAAAUGGAGAACGACGACCAAGACGAUGAGGCUGAGGAAGAUGAUGCAGAAGUUGACGAAUGUGAGCGUGUUGCUGGCGAGAAAGUAAAACAAAUCCUUAAGGAAGGUGGUCUGGUAAAAUUUGUCAAGAUGGACACUGCUGUGACAAUCGUCGAUGGUGAAAAAUUGCUCAACGACUUCCACUCAACUGAAUUCGUUGGUGAUGGCGAGAAAAACGAUGAGGACGAUGAAGAGGAGGAAUCAACACUGACUGAUGCCCUCAUCGCACAAAUUGAGUUCGCAGAUAUUGUCUACCUCAACAACGCAUCAAAGAUGUCAGAAGAUGCUAAGAUGCACGCUGAAGGCGUUGUUAAGUCGCUCAAUCACCGCGCUACAGUUGUCCAAGUCGACAACGCAGCCGUAGACGCAAAGGAUGUUAUCCACAGUGGUUUGUUCAACCCAGAACAAUCAUUCAACCCACAGUGGUUGCAAUCAGUGAAAAAUCCAAACGGCGGUGACUCAUACACUAACAAGAACGACAUUGAGUCUUUCGUUUACAGACGCAAAGUGCCUUUCCACCCAGCUCGUCUCGCAAAGCUGUUCAAGGAGUCAUUCCACUUUAUUCAACAAUCAGAUGCCCAAGACGCUCAAGAAGAUGAGUGGGAAGAUCAAGAAGAAGAGGUCGUUGAGGAUAAAGGCAAGGGUAAGGCUGCUGCUAUUGAAGAAGACAAAGAGGAACCAGCACAAAUGGAUGAAAUCACUACUGAGAAUAUAGUUGAUGCCAUCGACAGAAAGCAGAAGAGUGUAUUCGCUUCUCUCCUCAGAGCUAAGGGUAGCUUCUGGAUUGCUUCAAGAGCAGCAGUCGGUGGUGCAAUUCAAGCAUCAGGACCUGUGUUGAGUGCUGCUUCUGGCGAGAUGUGGUACACCAAGAUCCCAGAAGAUGAAAUUUCUCAAAUCAGCCCAGAUGAGCAGAAGUACAUUAAGGAUGUUGUGUUUGAUGAGAAAUUCGGUGACAGACGUCAAGAAAUCUACAUUGUCGGUGGACCAAACUUUAACAGAAACGAGGUUGAGCAAGCACUCGACAGUGCCUUGUUGACUGAUGAUGAGUUCAACACGUAUAAAUCCAUCUACGAUAAGCAGAUGGGUGUGUUUGACAAAGAUGAAGAGCUCUCCAAGGCGUUUGACGGUGACUCAGAGUUUGUUCAAUGGGUCGACGAUCUCAUCAUGGCACUCCUCGACCAAGAGGAGGAGGAUGAGCAGUAA